AUGGCCACUCUAGAGUCUCUCAAGCGGGCUCUUAAGCAGGAGGCCAAGGCUACGGCGUCGGCCCCGGAGCAGCCGUUAUCCGAAACCCAGUACAGCGCCGGCUUCAAUGUCUUGGUACAGGACUCAGGAUGGAUGACGUACCAAGACUUCAUUAUCCCUCAACUUUCUCAGCUACUCGCCCCUCUCUUCGAUUCGCGCAUCCAUAUCUCUGCACUGGAAAUCGGUCCUGGACCGAAGAGCGUGCUUGGAUAUCUUCCUGACCGUCUCAGACGGAAGAUCAAGAGAUACACUGCAUUCGAGCCUAACGAGGACAACGGAGGGUGCAGUGACGACAAGAAAUUCGACAUCAUCCUAUUCUGCCAUAGCUUGUAUAGCAUGAAGCCCAAACGCAAGUUCAUCGAAAAGGCGCUGGGAAUGUUUUUUGAACGACCACAAGACGGAAUGGUGGUGGUAUUUCAUCGCGACGAGGCUCUGCAUCUCGACGGCUUGGUGUGCCAUCAAAUGGCUUCUUUCCCUACUGGCGUUGUUCGCGUGGCAAAUGACGACGAGACACUGAACUGUUUCGCUCCUUUCAUUGCGGGAUUUGCCAUGCAGGAUGUGGAUGUGGACAAGACUAUCCGAGCUCAGUGGCGCAAGGUGUGCCGCGCCUUGGGUCGUCGCGAGGAAGCCGACCCAAACCAUCUCCUGUUCAGCGCGCCCAACGUCAUAGCAGCCUUUACACGACAUGCGACUACAUUGCCGGAGCUGGUAGCGCAGGUGCCAUUGAUGGAAGGGAACAGGGUGGUUAAAAACCGGAAGGCUCGGUUUCAUCUCCCCGCCGCGGUCGUGAGGCCGACAGAGGUCCGACACAUCCAGCAGUGCAUCCAAUGGGCUCUAGAGCACAGCUUUAGCUUGGCUAUCAUCGGCGGGGGCCAUAGUAGCCACUGCAUCUUGCCCAACGUUGUCUCGAUAGACAUAGACGCCUUUGACCAAGUACACAUUCUCACGGCGGGGGAGAAUAGAGAAAAUUCCGGUUCCGAAUCCGGUUCCUUGAUCGUCGCCGACGCUGGCUGCAAGACGGGGGACAUCAUCCGCAAGAGCAUGGAAGCGGGUGUGACAGUACCCCUGGGGGCUCGCCCAAGCGUAGGUGCGGGUUUGUGGCUACAAGGCGGCAUCGGGCACCUGGCUAGAUUACACGGCCUCGCCUGCGACUCUAUUGUCGGCGCCAUUCUAGUCAGCGUCGACACCAGUCAAGUCCUCUGCAUCGGCCAUGCGAUAAAAGGCGCCGGGACCAACUUCGGCAUCGUUGUCAGUGUGACUUUCAAGGCUUACACGGCUCCGACCUACUUUACUCAAGACUGGGUUGCCCCGCUGAGUGACAGCCGCGAGGCGCGGCGCAGGCUCAGCGAUUUUGAUGAACUCGUCGCCAGGAAGCUCCCCCGGAAUUGUUCUGCAGACGCAUAUCUGUACUGGGAUGCGGACCAGGUGCAUUUUAGCAUGACCACGUUCCAAUCUUCUAUGACUAUGUCUGCCUUUUUAGAACCCACUCCCACGCCCGUAGGUGGAAUGUGGAGGCCGGGUGACGAUUUCCAGACUGUAGACAGCGUUGGCCUCUUUGAGACCGAGAUGUACCUGUCUGGGAUGCACGGCGGGCACAGUGGAGGCAAGACAUCCUCGUUCAAGCGAUGUUUGUUCUUGAACCUCAUUGGACGACCAGACAUCGCCGACCGCUUAGUUGCGGCCAUUGAGACUCGUCCCACCCCACUCUGCUAUCUCCAUCUCCUGCAAGGUGGUGGCGCGAUCCAGGACGUUGAGGCCGAUGCUUCUGCUUUCGGCUGUAGAGACUGGGACUUUGCCUGCGUCAUAACAGGUGUCUGGCCUCGCAGCGAAGAUGGCACCGAAACCGCACGAUCUGCCGUGCGCUGGGUUUACAGCGUCGCCGGGGACUUGUUGCCCUUUAGUAGCGGAGCUUACGGCGCUGACCUUGGACCGGACCCUAGAGACGCCGCCCUUGCAGCUGAGGCGUUUGGGCCAAACCGACUGCGCCUGGCCCGCCUCAAACAUAGCAUGGACCCACGUGGUAUGCUGUCUUACGCCUGUCCGCUCCCGAAAGCGCCAAAGGAUCCGAAGCUUAUCAUUCUUAUCACAGGUGAAAUUUGCGUCGGCAAGGACUAUUGUGCCAAGAUCUGGGUAUCCAUGUUUAUUAGAUGCAUCUAG